AUGCCUGACUGGAGAAUUUAUCAUCCUACCGGGACCUUCACGGAUCCUGAGCACAAAGAGAAGCUUGCAGAGGCCAUUACGUCGAUGUAUACCCGAUCUGGCCUACCAGCAUUCUAUGUUGUCGUCAUAUUCAUUGAGAUGCCUCCCGGCACCUUGUACCGAGCUGGAGUAUCAUGCCACACGAAAGGGGUGAAGCCUUUUGUCCGGCUUACAUUCAGCCACAUCGCUAGGCACUUUCCUCCUGGUGAGAGCCCUAUGAGGACUAAUUUCAUGAAUAUGGUCCAUGAAACCGUGAAGCCGUAUCUUGCAGACAAAGGGUAUGACUGGGAGUUCAACGGCGAGGAGCUUGAGCGCGAAUUUGUGCAUAUCAAUGGUCUCAGGAUUCCUCCUACAGGCUCGGAGGAAGAGCAGAGGUGGUUCCGCGACAACAAGCCGUCCCCUUGGGGGCCUUACCUUACAAACUAG